AAAGUUAUAUUCUGUCUUUGUGAGGAGCCCUAGUUGUGUAAUUCACCGCUCCCCUCUUUCUCUCAACACUCUUUUGACUGAAUGGCGAAAAAUCGCGAGCCCCAGAGAGAUGUCGAAUCCGAAUCGGAAUCUCGUGAGGAGAAGAGAGACGGAGCUUCAUCUGAAGAAGUCGGCUCUUCCGAAUCCGAAUCCGACUCCGAACCGGAGCAAACCCAGAAGCCACCGUCUUUGCCAACGGUGGUUGCCAUUGGUGAUCUAGAUAGGCUGUCUUCAGCAAAGGUAGUGAGUUCGAAUGAUGUGAGCAUGGACGAGAGGAUUUUGAGGAUUGGCGCAGAGUUCUUUGAAGGGGAUAAACCCGUUGAGGGGGAAAGAGAGUGGCGGAAGCUCAACCUGGAGGAGAUGGAGGUCUACCUGAAGAAUCUGGAUUUAAUGCGCGCUCGGACAAAGCUUGUUUUGGAUGUUUUGAAGUCCAAGAAUCACUGACGCUCUGAACAAAUGACUAAUGUCUUGGGUAUAUUCUCAGGCUAAUUAUAAUUCCUGGUUAAACUCAUGCUAAUUAUAACUCCUGGUUUUACUUUCUUAGGCGGCAACUGCGUCUUUCCUUUUCUGUGGUGGACUUCACAGCCGUAUAAUUAACUAGUUCAAAGAAAAUCUUGAUGCUUUAUGUUUCUGCGCUUAUUUGCUUGGUAUAUAUUU